GCGGCCGAGCGGCGGCUGCGGCGCUGUGCGGGGCGCGGCGGCGGAUGAGCUGGCCAACGCCGCCGCCCGCGGGGACCUGCGGAGCCUCAGGGAGCUAACCCUAACGCCGUCAACUCCUACGGCAGAACCCCCAUCCAGGUGAUGAUGCUGGGCAGCCCGCGGGUGGCCGAGCUGCUGCUGCGGCGCGGAGCCGACCCCAACCGCCCCGACCCGCGCACCGGCUGCCUCCCCGCGCACGACGCGGCCCGCGCCGGCUUUCUGGAGACGCUGGCGGCGCUGCACCGGGCCGGGGCGCGCCUCGACCUGCCCGACGGCCGCGGCCGCCUGCCCCUCGACGUGGCGGCGGGGGGCCCGCACGGAGCGGUGGGGCGGUACCUGCGCGACCCGCCGCUCCGUGCCUAACCUCUCCCCAGGCCAUCCCCUCCCCAAACUUAUUGCCCGCGCCCGACUCGGGAGACACCAAGUCGAACAGUACUCGUGCGAUGCUGUGAAUAACCCCAGAUCGCGUUUCUCUCCUGGGAUGCAUGAAGGACGAUAUUCUUUGCUCAUGCCUGUGUAUUAUCCUGCACUGGAAAUGCUACGACCUUCCACAGGCCUCUUUUCUCACACAAGAGUCCAAACACUGAAGAGAAAUAUUAAAUAUGAAGUAAGAAAGUACUAAUUGUAAAAAUAUUAAAUAGCAAAUAUUGCAUAUUUAAUAUGAUGGAAAAUCCCCGCACGGAGAUG